AUGGCCUGGGCCCCUGACAACGUGCGGAAAUGGUCAACCCUGACGCUUCUGGCCCUCAUGGGCACAACCCUGACAGCGGCCAUCAAUCCUGGCUUUUCGGCCAUAAUCUCCCAGAAGGGUCUGGACUUUGCAUGCCAGGAGGGCGUGACCGAGCUGCAGAAGGAGCUAGAAACCAUCAAAGUUCCCAAUUUCUCUGGAAUCUUCAAGACGAAGCAUCUGGGAAAAGGUUCCUAUGAGUUCUACAGUAUGACAGUGGAAGGAUUUCACAUCCCUAAUCCCCGGAUUCGUCUGCUGCUCACGGACAAGGUCCAGCUGUCCAUCAAGGACGCCAGCAUCAAGAUCAGAGGAAGAUGGAAAUCAAAGAAGAACUUCCUCAAAGCCCGCGGCAAGUUUGAUCUGAGCCUCCAAGGCGUCUUCAUCUCCGCUGACCUGCAGCUGGGCAGGAGCCCCCCAGGCCGCCUCCGUGUGGAAUGUUCUGCCUGCAGCAGUCACAUUGACAGGGUUCAUAUCCAAAUCUCGGGCAGCAUGCUGGGGUGGCUGAUUCGGCUGUUCCACAAGAAAAUCGAGACUUCCCUGAGAAACAGCAUCAAUGAAAAGGAGGGACCCCUGUGGAGUAUGGAGCAGGGUGAUGGCAAGGUGGUUGCCAGAGUGGAUGAAAUGGCCGCAAUUGACUACAGUUUGCUGACUCUUAGAACCACAGUUGAGUUCCUGGAAGGGCAGCUAAAGGGGGAGUUUUUCUGGAGGAGUCACCACGACCCACUCCCUACUACCCCACCAGCAAUGAGCUUCUCCCCCAACAAGAGCUACAUGGUACAACUGGGCAUCUCCGACUACUUCUUUAACACUGCCGGGUUGGCAUAUCAAGAGUCUGGAACCUUGCAAAUGACCCUGAGGGACUGGAUGUUGCCAAAGGAUUCCAAAUUCCGACUGAAUACUGAGUUCCUUGGAACCUUCCUGCCCAAGGUGGCCUUGAAGUUCCCCAGCACAGAGGUGCAGCUGCUGAUCUCUGUUUCCUCGCCUCCACGCCUGAGCAUCCAGCCCUCAGGCCUCUUACUCAACCCUGCCCUGGAGACCCAGGCCUUUGCUGUGCUCCCCAACUCCUCCCUGAUCCCUCUUUUCCUGGUUCACAUGAACACAACUGCCUCUUUGGAAGUGGACACUGAAGCAGACAGGCUUGUUGGAGCGAUGAAGCUGGAAAAGCUGACGCUAGAACUGAAGCAGUCUGACUUCGGCUCCUUUAAGGUGGAGCUGCUGCAGGCUGUCGUAAACUACCUCAUGCCCACGAUAGUGCUGCCCAAGAUCAAUGAGAGGCUGCGUAAAGGUUUCCCUCUGCCUUUGCCCGCUGGGGUCCGGCUGAACAACCCCGUGUUUCAGACCUACCAGAAUUUCCUGGUGCUUGGAGCAGAUGUCCACCGGACCUGA